AUGCUCCUAUCGAAUCAUAGCUUGCAGUGUGCUCACUGCAAAAUGAGACAAGGCUGCGCAUGGACCGAGUCACUAGUAACGCAAAUACUCGAAGGGGAAUCGGAGUGUCGCUCGAAAUACAAAUGUUUUCUCAUUCUGCUUCGAUCUCACUCCACUUAUACAAAGUUUAUGGGAGAUUCAUUGCUUGAAAAACUUUAUUCUCUCAUAGGCAACGCUACAUUGUCUGUUGUGGUAAGCGAUAUAAUAUUAUUUGAUCUCGUGGAAUCCCCGUAUCGAUGGCCUACACAUGUGAAUUUUACAUUGUCUUGCUUAUCUUCCGAAGUAAGCGACGACAGAAAUGCUGUCAAGGACCGAUUGUUUCCUAAAUUAAUUAGAACAAAGAUACUUAAAGAGGAGUUUUUGCCACUAGUUAUAGAGCAAAUGAAAGGCAAUUCGCUGAAAUUUCACUGCCUCGAUUCCUUGCUAUCAGUAUCCCGAUUCUUGAUAUUAUCGCAUAAGAAAUGUGAUUCAUAUAAAUUCUGGAGCGACUAUGUACCACUUGAUACGAUGCGAUAUGCAGUCCUACACUGUAAUGUCCAGGUCCGGUUGGCUGCAUGGAUACUGCUUUGUGAGCAUCCUCAGCGGACACACCCAUUUUCUGAUGAUGAUCUACAACUUAUUCGAGUGUUUGUAACGACAAACAUGGUUGAACAAACACCAGCAAUACGACAGAAAAUCCUUGCAGGGCUGAGGAAGGUUCUUUGCCGGAUGGCUGAGACGAGUGAGCAGAUCUUGAAAGGGAGAGGCGGUGAUAUCGGACAAGUUGAGAGAUACAACGAUUUUAUCAGGACUAUCUUACAACUGUCGUUUGAAUCUCUGUCACCUGGAGCUAACUUUUGUCGACGUAUCAUGGCCCUGUCCAUUCUGCAGUGUUUUUACGUUGAGGACACAAUGCGGCCACAUGGAAAAACAAUGUUCUUUGAUCAGCUUACUCUAACGAAAACUAUAACGCCUCAUCAGUUCGCUGCAUUGGUUUCCUGUCUCGAUGAUUCCUUCCAGUUGUGUCAGAUAUCAGCUUUGGAAAUUCUCAAAAAACUCCCUGUUGUGGAAGGAUUUGUGAGUUACUACUAUAUUUCUUCAAAAUUCUUUUUCACAUGUUUAGUUAAGCUCUUGAGGUUUUAUGUGAACUAUCAUGAGGCAUCGAUGAAAGAAUUACUGGAAUAUCUCGUAAACGUUUGCGAAGAAAACACAAAGAAAACCCAAGAGAACCUGUUGAAUAUCACUUGCAGUUCUAUCCAUCCGUGGAUGAACACAAUAGCCCUCCUUCUGGGGAACAUUGAUUUCAAGAAAAUGAGCUCGGAACUUCAACAGUGGUGGAUACCGUUCUUACAGAAGCGUCUAAUUCCUCUAUGCUUCGAUGUGGCUGCAGUGGUGACACCAGUGGUACACUCAAUGUCGCCCGAGGGCUAUAUUCCAGAAGAAGCACUGGAGAAAAUGGGUUACGAACCUUUUGUAGCCAAUUCUGCAACGAGCGGAGAUUGCGUUCAGAUGGCGGGCGAGGUGUCGCAACUACUACUGGUUUGUUGCUGGAGGGCUCAUAAACACGUAUCGGCAAUUUUGCAGGGUUGGGCAGUGGUUGAGGUGACACCAGUGGUACACUCAAUGUCGCCCGAGGGCUAUAUUCCAGAAGAAGCACUGGAGAAAAUGGAUGAGCGGCGAGAUUGCGUUCCACGUGCCCCGCGGGCGAGGUGUCGCAACUACUACUGGUUUGUUGCUGGAGGGCUCAUAAACACGUAUCGGCAAUUCUUGCGUGGGCAGUGGUGGAGUGCUGCCCACAUUCCAUGCUCACAUCUGAAGAUGUUUGUCGCAUUGGCGAUUUUUAUUGGUUGCAGCUUACAGAAUGCAAACAUUGCGGAGCCUUCGAAACCGCAGUGGAAGGCUUCUCUUCAUUGUGUGCUUUCCUUUGGAAGAGCGAUGAUCCUACCUUGCCAAAACCCGUUGAGUGGUUGCACGAAAUUUCUCGAUGCACUGGAUGGCAAAAAAGAUCUUCAAAACCUAUGCUCAACUCGACGUAGUGCCGGUGUGCCUCAUCUCGUCACUACCAUUCUGGCGACUGAGCCACCUAAUCGUCCCAGUCAAUCACUAAAAGUUGCUCUGACAUCUCUUCUUGAAAGAUCACAAAUCCGUCACCUAUCGCGUUCACUCACUGAAUGUUCUAAAGGCAAUAUUCUCGUCGUCAGCUCUUGGAGAACGCGUCACAGCUGGGCUGGAGCUCCACUGUAUCAUCUGUAUCAGCAUCUUUUUCAGUGGGCAUGUCGUGUUGCGGUUAGUGGUUGCUCAGCGUCCACAUGGCCGGAACGCAAUGCGGCCGCUCAGCUGGCGGCAGCCCUGAGGUCACGGAUUUUCGGUGUUGCUCACAAGAGCCAAAGAGACCUUUAUGUUGACUCAAAAAAUCGUCAGAGUUCGUAUGAGUUUUUCUCAAGGUUUCCUUCUCUGUACAGCUACCUAUUCGAACAACUGCAGGCUUCUAAGGACGAGUUCAGCGUGUAUCCAAUUUUAAUCUUUCUUACUCAUUUGUUCCCAUCAAAUGCUGGUGUAGCAGCUGUAGUUGAAGCCAGCGCCAACAAAGCGGCCUUGGAUUUCCCGUUGACUCCUUUCAUACCUGCCUUGCUGCGUGUGCUCCUUUGGUGCCGAGCAGAAAAGUUACGAAGGCUAACAGUUGUUGCUCUGACAGCUAUCGCUACGCCGAAGGUAAUUUACUAA